AUGGAGAUGAGAGCUUUGGUUUCGUGUUCUGCCGGAAACGGAGGCUCUGGUUCGAUUAGCCUCACGAAUGUCUCUCCAUGGAUCGCAACAGUUGCUGCUCGCGUGGACAGAGAUUUUCCAGCAACAACACUGAAGCUGGGAAGAAGCACAUUCAACGGAGCUUCGCUCUACAAAAACAAAAGCAGGAGAAAUGUUUUGUCUCGCAACAAACAGUUUCUUCCUCUUGCCUUCUUGGGGAAAAACGACUCUACCAGUCCUGAUCCGACCUUGCUCUGGGAUAAAAAUGAUAUAUCUGAGUCUCAAAGGACAGUUACAAUCUCUGACUCCAUUACAGAGCAUCAAAGCGUGUCUGAAGUGGAUGAUUACUGUAAGGCUCUUGGAGGGAAAAGGCCAAUCCAUAGGAUUUUGGUGGCUACCAAUGGAAUGGGUGCUGUGAAGUUUAUCACAAGUGUUAGAACAUGGUCUUACAAAACAUUUGGCAAUGAGAGAGCCAUAAUGUUAGUGGCUAUGGCAACCCCUGAAGACAUGCGGAUCAAUGCGGAGCAUAUCAGAAUGGCUGAUCAGUUUGUUGAAGUUCCUGGAGGAACAAACAAUCACAAUUAUGCCAAUGUUCAGCUUAUUGUAGAGAUGGCAGAGGCAACGAGUGUGGAUGCAGUUUGGCCUGGUUGGGGUCAUGCAUCUGAGAACCCUGAGUUACCUGAUGCUUUAAAUGCAAAAGGAAUCGUAUUUCUUGGUCCUGAAGCAGCUUCAAUGGUGGCAUUAGGUGAUAAGAUUGGUUCGUCGUUGAUUGCACAAGCUGCUGAUGUACCUACUCUGCCAUGGAGUGGUUCCCAUGUUAAAGUUCCUCCUGGUAGCAACCUGGUGACCAUCCCUGAAGAGAUCUAUAGGCAAGCUUGUGUUUACACAACUGAAGAAGCUGUUGCUAGUUGUCAAGUUGUUGGUUAUCCGGCGAUGAUCAAAGCAUCUUGGGGCGGUGGUGGAAAAGGCAUUAGGAAGGUUCAUAAUGAUGAUGAGGUCAAGGCUCUGUUCAAGCAAGUUCAAGGUGAGGUACCUGGCUCGCCGAUCUUCAUAAUGAAGGUUGCUUCACAGAGUCGGCAUUUAGAGGUCCAGCUUCUCUGUGAUCAAUAUGGAAACGUUGCAGCUUUGCAUAGCCGUGACUGUAGCGUCCAGAGAAGACAUCAAAAGAUCAUAGAGGAAGGUCCAAUCACGGUGGCUCCGCGAGAAACGGUGAAGAAACUUGAGCAGGCAGCUAGAAGGUUGGCUAAGAGUGUUAACUAUGUUGGAGCUGCUACCGUCGAGUAUCUCUACAGCAUGGAAACUGGGGAGUAUUACUUCUUGGAGCUUAACCCUCGGUUACAGGUUGAGCACCCUGUGACUGAAUGUAUUACCGGGAUAAAUAUUCCCGCUGCCCAAGUUGCUGUGGGGAUGGGAAUUCCUCUCUGGCAAAUCCCUGAGAUAAGACGGUUCUAUGGUAUAGCACAUGGUGGAGGUUACGAUUCUUGGAGGCAGACAUCUGUCGUAGCCUCUCCUUUUGAUUUUGACAAAGCUGAAUCUAUAAGACCUAAAGGUCACUGUGUGGCUGUACGUGUGACAAGUGAGGAUCCUGAUGGCGGGUUCAAACCCACCAGCGGUCAAAUACAGGAGUUGAGUUUCAAGAGCAAGCCAGAUGUGUGGGCGUACUUCUCUGUCAAGUCUGGUGGAGGCAUCCACGAGUUCUCAGAUUCCCAGUUUGGACAUGUUUUUGCAUUUGGGGAAUCCAGAGCCCUGGCAAUAGCAAAUAUGGUUCUUGGGCUGAAAGAAAUUCAGAUUCGUGGAGAAAUUAGGACUAACGUUGACUACACCAUUGACCUUCUACAUGCUCCUGAUUACCAGCAAAACAAAAUCCACACUGGUUGGUUGGAUAGUAGAAUCGCUAUGCGGGUCAGAGCAGAGAGGCCUCCAUGGUAUCUCUCUGUUGUUAGCGGGGCUCUCUAUAAAGCAUCAGCGACCAGUGCUGCCGUGGUCUCGGAUUACGUUGGUUAUCUUGAGAAGGGCCAGAUUCCCCCAAAGAUUGAUGUGGUCCGGAGUGGAUCAGGAAGCUACAGGCUAAGAAUGAAUAACUCAGAAGUUGUUGCAGACAUACACACUCUACGUGAUGGAGGUCUGUUGAUGCAGUUGGAUGGUAAAAGCCAUGUGAUAUAUGCAGAGGACGAAGCGGCUGGAACCCGACUUCUCAUUGACGGAAAAACUUGUUUACUACAGAAUGAUCAUGAUCCUUCGAAGUUGAUGGCUGAGACACCGUGCAAGCUGCUGAGGUAUCUGGUUUCGAUAAUAGCAGUAUUGAUGCUGAUACUCGCCAUAUGCGGAAGUUGA